AGUAAAAACAUGGAGAGUAAACGAGCUGCUACAUUGGAGUUUGCAGUACAGAUGACCUGUGAGAGUUGUGUUACUGCAGUUAAAAAUGCCCUGAAAACACAACCUGGAGUACAGUCAGUGCAGGUUGAACUGGCUGAGGAGAAAGUUUUGGUUGAGACCUCACUAUCCUCUCUAGAGAUUCAGAGUCUGAUUGAAAGCACAGGCAGGAGAGCUGUACUGAAGGGGAUUGGAGGAUCCGAGUCUGAUCUAGGCACAGCCGUGGCCAUGCUUGCUGGGACGGGGUUGGUUCAGGGUGUAGUACGUUUCCUGCAGCUUUCCGAGGAUCGCUGUUUGAUCGAUGGUACGAUUGAUGGCUUAGAGCCUGGCGCUCAUGGGCUGCAUGUGCAUGAACUCGGCGACCUUACCCAGGACUGCAUGAGCUGUGGGGAACACUAUAACCCGUAUGGAAAGCAGCAUGGAGGACCGCAGGACACAGAGAGGCAUGUUGGUGAUUUGGGAAACAUCCUGGCAGGAUCAGACGGCAGAGCAACAUUCAGACUGGAAGACUCUCAACUAAAAGUGUGGGAUGUGAUUGGCCGAUCACUGGUGGUCGAUGCUGGAGAAGAUGACCUGGGAAGAGGAAAUCACACGCUGUCCAGACAAACAGGAAACUCAGGGGAGAGGUUGGCAUGUGGAAUCAUUGCUCGUUCAGCAGGGCUCUUUCAGAACCCCAAAAAGAUCUGUGCAUGUGACGGAGUCACUUUGUGGGAGGAAAGAGGUCGACCCAUUGCCGGAACAGGACGCAAAGUCACAGACACACCAACAGCUCAUUUAUAACAGUGUGGCCCCUCAUCACGAUAACUAAUGACACCUGAUUUCCAAUUACUGCACUAAAGAAAAGACAUUCAUAAGACCAAAUAAAGUUUUUACAUCCUCGACCUGAUAAGCAAAAACUACAUGUUUCUAUUUAAUUAAACUGCUUUUAGGUCAGUAAUGCCAAGUUCACACUACACGCCUUUCCAAGUUGUCAGGUUGCAGUGCAGUUCACACUACACAACUGGAUCUCCUGUAAUCGGGAGUCUUUCAAGUUGGUGUGGCUUUCACACGACACGACCGAUCAGCGAUAGGGGGUUUCACACUACACCAUCUAUCACCAACUGGAAUCGCCGGCGAGCUUCUCUGGUCUCCCAAACUACGUUUUGUCAUGAAAACAAACGCAAGAAGUGACAGAAGGUUUAAUGAUACCACGUCCAAAAAUGCACGUCAACAAGUAGCAAUCAAAGUUUGUGCGCUGAUGUGCAGCGUAAAAUCAAGGAGAGAAAAUAAAUAAAUGAAUGAAUGAGUGGAUUUGGCUACGUGAACAGUAGGGAUUGUUCUAUAGUGAGUUGGAGGUUAAUAAAUAUUUUUUUGCUGUGCAAUGUUGGUGUUAUGUUUUGUAGAGAACGAUAAGGUCAGAAAUACUGUUAAACUUGUGUGUGCUGUUGUAUUCUGAUAUAAACUAUAUUAUGCCCCUGUACCAGCUUUUUACAACUCUUCCCCUGCGUUUCCCCUUACACCGUAUCUUGCGUUCUCACUGCCAGUUGGGCGACUCAGAUCCAGAUAUUUGACAUGCUAUAUAUCUCUCUUCAGCUCGGAUCGAGUUGUUUAGUUCACACAUAGUGAUUGCGAGCCGAGUUUCGAUCGGAGUUGCUCCCGAGCCGGCAAAUCUAGUGCCGACCAGUCGCCGAGUGAAAAUCAGGGCAAAAAUCGUAGUGUGAACUAGGCAUAAGGCUCAGUGUGAGUUGCCUGUGAUGCACUGGCACCCUGUUCAGAGUGGAUCCAUGCCAACCACUUACCAGGAUAAAGUGUUCUGAGAAAAUUAAUCAAUGCAUUAAUAAAACAAUCCUAUUAGUUUUUACAA